AUGUUAAAUCGAAAGCGUUUUGGAAAAAUGCAGCCAUCCAGGAUAUGGGUGGAAGACGGACAGCCAGACUGGGGAAGUUCAAAACGGCUAAAUAUUGGUGAAUAUCCUUUAAUGAUGUCACCAAGGUUUGUUUUAUCGAUAUUUAACGAAUAUUUUGGAUGCAAUAUUUAUUUUUAUAAAGAAAUUUUACGAAUAAUGAGUAAAUUCUUGAGUAUAAUGAUAUUCUCAAAAAAACAACAACAACUUCGAUCAUCAUCAUCUUGUGCCUGUUAUCUAUUACUUCUGAAUAUUGCUGAUACAUUAACUCGUAUAAUAAGUAGUCGUCCAUAUUCUUUUGAAAAACUCAGUGGUGUUCAUCAUUUAGAAUCAUCAUUGUUAUGGGGAUUUCAAUUAUUUUUUUUAACAAAUAUAUUUGAUGAAUUAUAUCUGUGUUUAUUAGUGCAUGAACCAGAGAAAGACUAUGUUGAUCGAAAAGUCAUUUAUCACAUACCAAUUGAAUACGCUGAUCAGUAUGAUCUUGAUAAUGUAGAUGAGACGAUGUUUGAUCAGCCCGUUAAACCGAGGAUAGCAAGGGUUAAGUACAGACCGUACGAAACGACUGACGCUGACGACUAUUACUACGAAUAUGAGCAACCAGAUUACGAAAGAGUCCAGUACGUUGAACAACCGACUCCUCGGCAACGACAUGUUGUGCGACGGGCCUAUGUAAAUGAUGAUUGGAAUCGUUAUAACGAUCAAAGCGAAUAUGUUGUGAAGGAACGAUCAUUGCCAACUGAAGUUCGAUAUGUUUAUCAACGUCCUAUUCGUCGAGCCGUCUAUGUGCUCGAAGAAGGCGAUCCAUCAAUAACUACUCCAUCACCUCGUGCGAUAUCUCAAUUACAGCGACCGAUUAUUGACCAACAGUCUCUGUCUAAGCCCCUUGCUAUUCGCCGUUAUCGAAUCAAAACGCCGGUACACUAUCAAUUACCACCUGAAGCACCUCAAACAAUAAAAUCAAACAAUCAAACGUAUGUACGAGCAACGGACAUUAUUCUCGCUAAUCGAGCUAAACGUCGGAUUGAAGAAGAAAAAUAUCACGAUCCACCACAACGAAAUAAAACUAUAAUCAAAAAUAAUUUUAUUGUUCACAAAUAA